UUCUUUCCCACGCUGCUUCCUUUCUCUGGAUUUUGAGAAGCUCUGGUCUUACCCUACAGAGCGGGUCCUCUACUGUGCCUAUAACCAGGCGGUUUUGUGGCGAUUUAGUGACGAUCAAGAAGACUACCUACCGAAGAAAGGUCACAUCACAUGUCCAUGCCGGUCGUUCUUUCCAAGCCUCCAUGAACUACAUACAGUCCUGUGAUUGAACCUUCCUUGCGUGAUGAAGGUGCUUGUCUCAACGAAGCAGUUUAGCUUGCGCUUUUCUCCCAAAGCCGUCACCCCUCCGAUCGCUUUGCGGUACCUGUCCUCUCCCGUGAAUCCGAUUCGACCCAAGAUUGAGCACCUAUGCGACAACCGCGAUCCCAAUACCCUCUGGUGGAGAGUUUCGGUCAAGGACAUCCAGGACCAUAAGCGAGUGGUUCGAUCCUGGUGCGCUCGAAGAACCCGACAUGCCUUCAUCCGGGAGUUGAAAGGUCGUGGGUUUGAUGAAGAGGGCAGAAGGCUCCCCAAUUCUAUCAAAUCCCCACCCGAAGACGGAAUAGGUGGUAACCUGAGAGGUUCUGUCAACAUUUGGAUUAAGCCGACCUGUAUUGAGGAGAAAUAUUCCGCAGUUCAGGCGGAGGUCAAGACUUUGAUGGACGCCUUGUUCCGGGAGCUGCAAAUCCACCACCAGAAGCAGUUAUGGCAGUCACGAAAGAACGAGAGUAAAAGUCGAGAAAAGCCCAAGGACGGGGAAAGCGAGAAUGUGGAUUAGGAUUGACGCUGUCGCGCAAUAGACCUUGUCAGAUCUUUGAGAGAUUGUACUAUAUUAUUAUCGAUGAUACCCUUGUAUUAACAGAUCGAAUAGAGGACCAGACCCAAUAGAAUAAUGAUAAUGAAAUGUCAGG